AUGGUAAAAUGGGAUCACAGGUCAUUUAAAAACGCUUUCGAUAUCCAGGACAUCGAAAAGAAAAUAUCAACAUCAUUAAAGAUAGCUUCCUUAGUUGAAAAGGAAAGUAUUCGUAUUUCGGCUCCUCAGCGAGAACCUGAGAGAUAUGCGUCGUCAAAUGAUCUUCAUCAUUUAUUAAAUGGGGGAAGAGUUGCACCAAAAUAUAACACACUGCUUCCGGUUGGUUAUGCACAAACACAAAUAAUAAGUUCUUAUGAUGCAAAUGCAGAUCACUCUUCCCGCGAAUCUCAUUCAACAUCAUAUGAGAGAAAACUUCCUGCUGCUCUGAACGAAGUUCUCAUUGCUUAUAAAAUUCAUGAAAUAAUUAAUAAUUUGUCGAAAUUUAAAAAAAGUGCUUCAAGUGUUAACCAUAGCUAUAACUCGAAGGUUGUUGCUUCACCCCACAGCCUUCAUAGUCAAAGUAAUCCAGAAGUGUAUGAGUGGAAUUUUCAUAAAGUAGUUGCUCCGCAAAUUGGCGUGAAUGAAGACCUCGCAGAGAAAAAAUUAUUUGAAGUUAUACUGGAUUUAAUAAAGCUUAAAUUGCGUUCUGGAGUCACCGAUUUGGAGGCAGAUGGUGUGAAACAUAUACUUCAUCAUAUUGUUGAUGAGUAUGCAAAUGCAAAUGAAUCAGAUGGCACCAUUGACGAUGAUAAACCCGGAUGCUCUCGAUGGUUCCAUCCUAAAUAG